GAGAGAACGAGGAGGAAGGAGAGAAAAUGGCGUCCACGGAUUACAGUACCUACAGCCAAGCUGCAGCCCAGCAGGGCUACAGUGCUUAUGCCGCCCAGCCAACUCAAGGAUAUGCACAGACCACCCAGGCAUAUGGGCAACAAAGCCAUGGAACCUAUGGACAGCCUACUGAUGUCAGCUAUACCCAGGCUCAGACCACUGCCACCUACGGGCAGACUGCAUAUGCGACUUCUUAUGGACAGCCUCCCACUGGUUAUACCACUCCAACGGCCCCCCAGGCAGACAGACAGCCUGUCCAAGGAUAUGGCACUGGUGCUUAUGACACCACCACCGCUACAGUCACCACAACCCAGGCCUCUUAUACAGCUCAUGUGUAUGGCACCCAGCCUGCCUACCCAGCCUAUGGCCAGCAGCCAGCAGCCACUGCACCUACAAGACCACAGGAUGGUAACAAGCCCACUGAGACUAGUCAACCUCAAUCUAGCACAGGGGGUUACAACCAACCCAGCCUAGGAUAUGGACAGAGUAACUAUAGUUAUCCCCAGGUGCCUGGGAGCUACCCCAUGCAGCCAGUCACCGCACCUCCGUCCUAUCCUCCUACCAGCUACUUGUCUUCACAGCCAACUAGUUACGAUCAGAGCAGUUACUCUCAGCAGAACAGCUAUGGGCAGCCGAGCAGCUAUGGCCAGCAGAAGUAUGGUCAACAAAGCAGCUAUGGGCAGCCGCCUCCCACUAGUUACCCCCCUCAGACUGGAUCCUACAGCCAGGCCCCAAGCCAAUAUAGCCAACAGAGCAGCAGCUAGGGGCAGCAGAGUUCAUUCCAACAGGACCACCCCAGUAGCAUGGGUGUUUAUGGGCAGGAGUCUGGAGGAUUUUCCGGACCAGGAGAGAACAGGAGCAUGAGUGGCCCUGAUAACCGGGGCAGGGGAAGAGGGAGAUUUGAUCGUGGAGGCAUGAGCAGAGGUGGGCAGGGAGGAGGACGCGGUGGAAUGGGCGCUGGAGAGCGAGGUGGCUUCAAUAAGCCUGGUGGACCCAUGGAUGAAGGACCAGAUCUUGAUCUAGGCCUUCCAAUAGAUCCCGAUGAAGACUCUGACAACAGUGCAAUUUAUGUGCAAGGAUUAAAUGACAAUGUGACUCUGGAUGAUCUGGCAGACUUCUUUAAGCAGUGUGGGGUUGUCAAGAUGGACAAGAGAACUGGGCAACCCAUGAUCCAUAUCUACCUGGAUAAGGAGACAGGAAAACCUAAAGGUGAUGCCACCGUGUCCUAUGAAGAUCCGCCAACUGCCAAGGCUGCCGUGGAAUGGUUUGAUGGGAAAGAUUUUCAAGGAAGCAAACUUAAAGUUUCUCUUGCCCGAAAGAAGCCUCCAAUGAACAGCAUGCAGGGUGGCAUGCCACCUGGUGAGGGCAGAGGGAUGUCACCACCACUUCGUGGAGGUCCUGGUGGCCCAGGAGGACCUGGAGGACCCAUGGGCAGCAUGGGAGGCCGUGGAGGAGACAGAGGAGGUUUCCCCCCAAGAGGGCCCCGGGGCUCAAGAGGGAACCCCUCUGGAGGAGGAAAUGUCCAGCAACGAGCUGGAGACUGGCAGUGUCCCAAUCCGGGCUGUGGAAACCAGAACUUCGCCUGGAGAACAGAAUGCAACCAGUGUAAGGCCCCUAAGCCCGAGGGCUUCCUCCUGCCACCCUUCCCACCUCCGGGUGGUGACCGUGGCUGAGGCGGCCCUGGUGGCAUUCGAGGAGGAAGAGGAGGACUUAUGGACCGUGGUGGACCUGGAGGAAUGUUCAGAGGUGGCAGAGGUGGAGACAGAGGUGGCUUCCGAGGUGGCAGUGGCAUGGACCGAGGUGGCUUUGGUGGAGGAAGACAAGGUGGUCCUGGGGGACUGCCUGGACCUUUGAUGGAGAUGGGAGGAAGAAGAGGCGGGCAUGGAGGAUCUGGGAAAAUGGAUAAAGGCGAGCACCGUCAGGAACGCAGAGACCGGCCCUACUAGAGACCUGCAGAGCUGCAUUGACGACCAGAUUUAUUUUUUAAACCAGAAAAUGUUUUAAAUUUAUAAUUCCAUAUUUAUAAUGUUGGCCACAACAUUAUGAUUAUUCCUUGUCUGUACUUUAGUAUUUUCACCAUUUGUGAAGAAACAUUAAAACAAGUUAAAUGGUA